GACACUCCCUCGUUACUAUCGAGUCUCAAGCUCUUCUUAUACUACCCCCCCACCUCUUCCUCCCUAUGCUCUGCAUCUAGCCCCAAAAAUCUGCCACGGCUCUCCCUCCCGUCCCUGCCGGAGACACCGGCCGUGUCCUACGCAUCCGACCUCGUAUCAAUUAUUUUCUGCUCGUGUCCGGCGGCUGUGUCAUACUUUCUCCCGCCCGAUUUCUCCCCAGGGGAAAAGCUAAAUGGGACCCUAUAUAGUUGGCCUCCUUGUCCCUCUUGCAGUCACAAGUCUUCUUCUUCGGAAUUCAAACAACCGGAAGAAAAAACGCGGGCUCCUUGUUGAUGUGGGAGGAGACACGGGUUUCACUGUCAGGAACCACCGGUUUACUUCCCUCGUGGAAACAUCAUGGGAAGGAGUGACAACUCUUGCCGAGCUUUUUGAACGUUCUUGCAAAAAAUACUAUGAUAAGAAACUGCUGGGGACUCGAAGAGUUGUGUCCAAAGAAAGUGAGACAUCAUCGGACGGAAGGUCAUUUGAGAAGCUUCAUUUGGGGGAUUACGAGUGGUUGACUUACAGCCAGACUUUUGAGUUUGUUUGCAACUUCUCCUCUGGAUUAGCACAUAUCGGGCAUGGAAGUGAAGAACGUUUGGCCAUCUUCGCAGAUACAUGUGGGGAAUGGUUAAUUGCACUGCAGGCUUGCUUUAGGCGCAAUGUGACUGUGGUAACUAUUUAUGCAUCUCUGGGGGAAGAGGCUCUCUGCUAUUCUUUAAAUGAGACUGAGGUUACAACUGUGAUUUGUGGUAAAAAAGAACUGAAGAAGCUUGUUGACAUUGGCGGGCCACUUGACACCGUAAAGCGCAUAAUAGUUAUGGGAAAUGAGAGUUCUUUGAAUGAAUCAAUUGCUACCAAGUUUUCAAGCUGGAUGGUAUCGUCCUUUUCCGAAGUUGAGAAGCUUGGAAGGGAAAACCCAGUUGAACCAGAGUUACCUCUUGCUUCUGACAUUGCUGUGAUUAUGUAUACCAGUGGAAGUACUGGUUUGCCUAAGGGUGUGAUGAUGACACACAGGAAUGUUCUAGCAACGGCUUCGGGUGUUAUGACCAUUGUUCCCGGUCUUGGAAGCAAGGAUGUCUACUUAGCAUACCUUCCUCUUGCUCAUAUUUUAGAAUUAGCAGCUGAGACUAUUAUACCGGCAAUCGGAGGUUCUAUAGGAUAUGGUUCUCCUUUGACACUUACAGAUACAUCCAACAAGAUAAAGAAGGGAACAAAAGGUGAUGCUUCUGUGUUAAGGCCGACAUUAAUGGCAGCUGUCCCUGCAAUUCUCGAUCGUGUUCGAGAUGGUGUGCGAAAGAAGGUAAAUGCCAAAGGUGGACUAGCAAAGACAUUGUUUGAUUUAGCCUAUGCGCGUAGGUUGUCUGCAAUCAAUGGAAGUUGGUUUGGAGGGUGGGGAUUGGAGAGGAUGUUAUGGAACUUUUUAGUGUUUAGAAAUGUCCGGGCUGUUUUAGGUGGGCGUAUUCGUUUUAUAUUAUCAGGAGGGGCUCCUCUUUCUGGAGAUACUCAAAGAUUCACCAACAUUUGUCUCAGUGCUCCCAUCGGUCAAGGUUAUGGCCUCACAGAGACAUGUGCGGGUGGAACAUUUAGCGAGUAUGAUGAUACAACAGUUGGUCGUGUCGGUGCGCCAUUGCCAUGCUCAUAUAUCAAGUUGAUAGAUUGGCCUGAGGGCGGGUAUCUAACAACUGAUUCACCAAAGCCUCGAGGAGAGAUUGUUAUAGGCGGGCCAAAUGUCACCGUUGGAUACUUCAAAAAUGAGGAAAAAACAAAGGAAGUUUACAAGGUUGACGAAAGAGGAAUGAGGUGGUUUUUCACCGGUGAUAUAGGGCAGUUUCACGAGGAUGGCUGCCUCGAAAUUAUUGACCGCAAAAAGGACAUUGUAAAACUUCAGCAUGGAGAGUACGUUUCUCUUGGCAAGGUUGAGGCGGCCCUAUCAACUUGCCAAUAUGUUGACAACAUAAUGGUGCAUGCGGAUCCUUUCCAUAGUUUCUGCGUCGCUCUAGUGGUGGCUGCACAGUCUGCGUUGGAAGACUGGGCUGCUAAGCUCGGCAUCCAAUUCGUCGACUUCUCGGACUUGUGCAAGAAGGCUGAGACGAUGAAGGAGGUCUAUGCUUCCCUUGUAAAGGUUGCAAAGGGCGCACGCUUGGAGAAGUUUGAGAUUCCGGCAAAGAUAGAGCUUAUUCCGGAGCCAUGGACGCCGGAAUCCGGCCUCGUCACCGCCGCUCUCAAGCUCAAGAGAGAUGUCAUCAGGAAGACUUUUGCUGAGGAUCUUUCCAAGCUGUACUCAGUAUCCUGAGCAGUUUUGAUAUUUGUUUCUUUGUAAUAACAUUUUGUUUGCCGUUUGUUUUCUUCUGUGCCAUUUACAUUUGUAAAAAUAUAUAAAUAUACAUAACUAAACCUGAGUUUUCUUUGUCCAAUUGUUUUUUUAAUAAUAACUUCAAGUUUUU